AUGGCGUUAAGGAACCUGUGUGAGACCUACUUACAGGAGAGAAGUCAAAGAGCUUCAGCAGGGUCUGAGGUGCUCUGCAGUCUGCACAGUGAGAAACUCAAGCUCUUCUGUCUGGAGGAUAAACAGCCUGUGUGUGUGGUGUGUCGAGACUCAAAGAAACAUAAAAAUCACAACUUCAGCCCAAUAGAUGAAGCAGCACUUGACCGUAAGAACUACAAGAGCACAGUGGAAAGAGCCCAGUGCACACUGCAGGAUCCAGAGAGGGUUUCAGGAGCUCUGAUCAAUGUGGCAAAGCACCUGGGCAACCUGAAGUUCAGAGUCUGGGAGAAGAUGCAGGAGACUGUUCAGUACACUCCUGUGACUCUGGAUCCCAACACUGCACACCCACGACUCAUCCUGUCUGAGGAUCUGACCAGUGUGAGACGUGGUGAUGAGAGACAGCAGCUUCCUGAUAACCCAGAGAGAUUUGAUAGGUAUGCCAGUGUCCUGGGCUCUGAGGGCUUUAACUCAGGGACUCACUGCUGGGAUGUGGAGGUUGGAGAGAGACACAUGGUGGAAUGUGGGUGUGAAGGCAGAGUCAGCCCAGAGGAAGGGAGCAUAUGGCUAUGUGAGUGGAGAGUGGUGUGUGUGGGGUAUAAAGAUGGUAAAUAUGGAGCAGGUGCUCCACCACAGCCCCCCACUCUCCUCACAGUGCAGCAGAAACUCCAGAGGAUCAGAGUGCAGCUGGACUGGGACAGAGGAGAGCUGUCAUUCUCUGACCCUGAUAAUAACACACACCUACACACUUUCACACACACGUUCACUGGGAGAGUGUUUCCAUACUUUAAUAUGGGCUGUAAACUCUCUCCUCUGAGUAUUGUAGCAGUGAAGGCCUCUGUGUCAGUAGAGCAGCCCAGUUAGAGCAGAAACUGUCUCUGUCUGAACAAGAGCCCACAUGCAGAGAUGGAUGGAGACAUGUGGGGUUCAGUCAUGAGUCACUCACACAGUAACUGCAGUCGAUCUGAUAACUGACCUGUGAGGCAUCGUCUUCUGGCUACUUUGAUUUAGUUCAGAAUUGACUGAUAUGUUGAAUAUCCUCUAAAAUAAUUGCUGGUGCUUUUUAUUCUAUGACAGUUUUUCUAUGUUGCUGUUUUUUUUAUUAUAGGCAUUUUUAUGAUGGUUUUGCUAUGUUGUCCAUUUAUGUUGUUUUCUGCACUGCUGCCACAAGCACAUUACAAUAUCACCACUGCAGUGAAUCUAAUAUCUGUUCUGUUCUGUGAGGCAUCAUUUUCUGGGUACUUGAAUUGUAUUUCUGAUCUGUGUUUAGAAUCCUCUGAAAUAAUUAAUGAUUUUAUAUAAUUUAUUACACUAUGAUGGUUUGUUAUCCAGGUCUGUGUUUCUACACUGCUGCCACAAGCACAUCAAAAUAUCAGUUCAGUAAAUGAUGUGGACAUUUGUGCUGAGUCUCCCCUUCUUAGAAAUGCUCAUUUAGAGGGUCAUUUGGAACACACAUAUACACACACACCACACACACACACACACACACACACACUCGUGACUCUAGGCUUCAAGACAGAUUUAUUUUGCUGCCUUGAUGCAAAUACAAACAAGAAAAGUACAGAACAUGACAGUUGACAUUUAUUACUCUAUGACAGUGUUUCUAUGUUGCAGAUUUGUUGCAUGCAGGCAUUUUGAUGAUGGUUUUCCAUCUAUGUGUUUUCUACACUGCUGCAACAAGCACAUUAAAAUAUCACCACUGCAGUGAAUACAGUAUAAUAUCUGUUCUGUUAUAUGAGGCAUCGCCUUCUGGCUACUUGAAUUGAAUUUCUGAUGUUCUGUGUUUAGAGUCCUCUGAAAUAAUUGCUGAUUUUAUAUCAUACAGUGUAUUACACUAUGAUGGUUUGUUAUCCAGGUCUGUGUUUUGUUGUAUAAAAUUAUCCUAUGGGUUGUAGACAUCAUGAUGAGAGAACGAGUUUGAAACUGUAAAGCGUGUAUUCAUAUAACCUUAAUCAUAAUCAAGUAAUACACUGAAGUUAUUCCUAACCAUAAUACUCUUAUAACAUUUUAAAUAACAAGUUUAACUAAUACUAUUAACAUACUGAAGCUAUUCUACCAGAAUUCCCCCUACGUGCGCUCUGUAUCCCUAUGUCUCUUUUUGCUGCCCUGUGUCUCAUUUUGUUGCACUGUGUCUCAUGCUGCCUUAGGUUUCUUCAAAAGGCCUAGGCUAAGUCGGCCUUGAAGCUGCAAGAUAACGCGUACACAGGGCGAGCUCUACUCAUAACAACCAGUAGGAGAGUGCAGGGGGGCGAACGAUAUUUAACCCAUGCACAAUGUAUGACCUGUGAUCACUCUAUACUGUACACCCCUGAACUUUCCAUAAACUUAAGGUGAAAAGUUCGUUCGGGGUAGUGUUGUGUCAGCAUUUUGGAGGGGUAUAAGUAAGAGAGUUCUACCUUUGUUCGGGAGUGCGAUCAUGCGAUCCACUCAGGCUUUGCGCUAUGUAGUCA